AUGCUGGAGGUCCGACACAGAUGCCGGAACCUAGGUCUCAGAGGCAUUCACGAGGUGGUUGAAAAUAUGAGGCUCUACAUGUGGGUCCAUAGUAUGGUAACCUCUAUGGGCAUAAAACACAACUUAGAUGCUCCAAUGAUCACCUCGAUGUUCAGGGUGCGGAAAUUGGCUGCGGAACCCAGUAAGGUACCUAGAGAUGUCAUAGCAGUGACCAGUGACGUGUCCGCGUGA